AUGGCAGAAGAACUUCCAACAGCGAGGGGCUUAUUGAGGGGUUUUGUGGCUAUUGCACUCAAGGAUGCUUUUGAUCCACUGCAUGAGUUUGGUAUUUGGGAGGAUGGAGUAUAUGGGGAAGAAGAAAGAGAAACCAGUCCCUCUUUUUUCUUCUUCGACAUCCACACCAUUCUCGUCGCCGGCGACAUCCCCAAUCCGCCGAUCUCCCGACCCGCCAGUAGCAAGGCGGCCAAUUUCAACACCUCCAACGAUUUGGACACCAUAAUUCAUUUCACCCUCAAACACGCUUUCGGGAACUCCGAUUUCACACCGUCGGAACAUUUUAGUCUCGCUCAAAAUCGUCGCACGGCGGUCAGUUUAGCAAAGAUGCUCAGAGCACUUCUGUGUGUAUUGCUAUUAUGGGAUCAGUUGAUCUCCGAUCUGUAA